UUUUUUGGUAUUUAUUCAGAGGGGAUAAGUUCUCCAAGCAGAAUCCUCAUCGCUGCUCAGUUUCUCUGAGAGCUCGCUCAAAGAGCAGAGCUAAUCAGUUAGUGUGUCUGAAACAUAUUGGUGUAUACAUGUCUAGCUUCUCUGCUGGUGGAGCCCCCGUCAGACUGACUGGAGUCCAGAAGAUGAGUGAUUGUGUGGAGGAAGAGGACAGAGCAGAGUCUCCAGGAUCCAGCUGUCUGUCUAUGAAGAUAAAUGCUGAACCUGGACACUCAGAGCUGGAUGACGGAGAGAAAGGAACUACAUCUGACAGACACAAAGAACAUUCGUCCACAUCAAACACAAACCAGGACAUGCCUGAGAGCAGAGAGGAUGAGCUGUGUCCUGAGAGGUUGAAGCAGCAGCAGCAGGCUCUGACUGGUCCAAAGGAGCUCAUUCCUGAAGUCUGGACUGAGUCUGGAAACACUUCAUACAGGUUCAGGUGUCCUGGUCCAGGUGGGUUCCAGUGUUCUUCGACUAGACUGGUGUUUGUUGUGGAUCAGGAGGCGGAGCUUCUCUACAGGACCGUCCCAUGGGACGAGAGUCUCCUCCAAUCAGCUGGGAAGACACCUGCAGGACCAUUGUUUAACAUCCAGUGUCCUGAGGCUGCUGUGUGUGAGCUGCACCUCCCACACUGUGAAACACAGGAUGCUGUGAUCCAUGAGGACCUGCUGUCUGUCGUCCACAUCACUGAUGAUGGACUGAGCUUCCUCAAACCGCUGCAGAUCACAGACACUCAUGUGAUCGUCAGAGUCCCUCAUCUCUCCUCCUUCGGCCUGGUCUGGGCUGUGGAGCUCUUAGGGAGGAUAUGGAACUACAGGAAACCAGUUAGCAGCAAAGUGUUGUUGUUCCUUCGACCACCAAACCCAAAAACACAGAGACAAAACCUCAAUGUGUUUCUCCUGCCGAGGAACGUCCCCCUGGACGAGGUGAAGGCAAAACAUCGAAAUUCUGAGCACAUCAUGACUCCGUCCUACUGCCGCCUCAUCACAGGUCAGAGGUACUCUGUUCAGUGUGGGAAGGCUCAGAAGGUUCAGCCUGAGAGAGCAGAGUUUGACCUGGAUCUGGGACCAGAUUAUCUCCCAACGUUUGAGAUCCGUCUGCCGAUAAACACAGAGGAAGCCACUGUGACAGUCCGAGACCAAAAAGAUAAAGACGUCUGGAAGCAUGACGUUGACCUGUCGGAUUCUCUUCAAAGUAAAGAAAAUCAACCGGAGCCUCGGAGUCUCUCACCAGAGAAAAGGUUGUUCUCAGUUCGGUCACAGUUUGUUGAUGCAGUGUCUGACCCUGUUCUGAACAAGAUGCUGGAUCAGCUGUUGCAGCAGGACAUUAUAAAUGAUGAAGAAAAGGAUUCUGUCGCCACAAAAACCAAGGCUGACAAGGCUCGAACUUUGAUCGAUAUGGUGCGAAAAAAAGGAGCACGAGCCAGUUCAGAUGUGAUUAAACUCAUCCGUAAGUUGGAUGUCCACCUCUCUGAAAAGCUACACUUGAGCUGAAGUAAUUGUAAUACCUGUAAAACCAGUGCUUAGUGUGUAGCAAGCAGAGUGUACAUGUGCAGGUGCCUGUUUCAUUUGAAAUACUCUAAACAGUCAUGAAAUCAACAUUUAUUGUUGUUAAAAAGUAAAAACACAGUUCAAAAGCCCUUGACAGAGAAACCCCCCCACUUUUUUUUCAAUCUCCUCUUUUUUGUAGUUUUGUAGCUCCAGAAGAUAUUUUCUCAUAACAUAACAUUUUUUGUGCUAAUAAAAUUCUGCUUGAUACUUGUGGGGUCUCUUUUAGUCUCAGCGUGGCCUUUAAUUUCAGUGUUUUAAUUUCAGUGUAGGUUUCCAAACAGAUAAUUGAAUCUGGUCUGAUACCAGAAGAAUUUCUCUCCCUGCCCAUGAAUAGUUGGUUUAUUGUGCUCUGUCUGAAUCCACUAUGGCACAUCAGUGGAAGGAAACCUGUGUUGCCAUCAACUGACAAGAAUCCUGGCAAAGACAGAGCUCCACAUGCCCACUGUCAAAACUUUUUAUUCAAGAAACUGAAAGACUGAAGGACUUAC